AUGCAGACCUACAGCACCGUGUGCAAGCUGCUUGGCGCCUUUCUGGAGCCGGCAUCCCUCUGGACUCAGCUGAGGGGCGCGCUGGAUGCGGACUCCGCCAUGGCAGCUUGGCUCGACUUGCGGGCUCUUGUGGGCAAUGGGCGAGACCAGCUUCGAGAGCUAUAA